AUGGGCGUAUAUGCUCUCAAUCCUAUAGCUAAUGGUACUGAUAACAAGAAGUGUGUCCCUUCUUCCUGCGGCAUCAUCCACAACAUAAGCUACCCCUUCCGGCUAAAACAUGAUCCAAAGCACUGUGGUGUCUCGAGCUUCACUUUGGAAUGUGACAACAAUGUCACAAUGCUACGCCUCUCUUCUGGCAAAUACUACGUGAAGGAAAUCAACUACCGUGACGGCAAUAUCCGAGUCGUAGAUCCUGGCAUUGAGAAGAACAAUUGUGCUACCCUUCCUCGUUUUCCUUUGGACGAAUCAAUUUACAGAUCUUACGGGACGUCAUCGAGUACACCUCUAGCUUUCUUGAAGUGUGCAAAUCAAGUGCAUUCUUCUUCGUAUGUGAGUACUGCUUCGUGCCUCAAAUCGGAAGCAUAUGGUUAUGUCAAGAGAGGCACCACGACCGUAUCGGAGUUGGAAGAUGGGUGCAGUAUAGAAUCGACCACUCUGAUUACUACUUCCGCAACAAUGAAGAGGAACAUGUCCUAUGAAGAUAUACACAAAGAAUUGCUGUAUGGCUUUGAUCUUGAGUAUGAUGUAACUUAUGUCUGGGUUAAUUGCCGAGAGCGAAAGCAAUGGAGUUAUCCAGAAGAUCGAUGUUUUCCUCAUAGCCUCACAGGUUUCUUUCAACUUCUGUGGGCGUACAUUUACGAUUUUGUCCUGCUAGAACUCAAUAUAUGUAAGAACUUGUAUUGA